CACAUCCUCCAUGCGCAUCACCUUUACAAUUCUUUUUUCCCCAUUCAAUCAUGCAUUUCCCUUCCUAAGAAGCACAUCUUUUUUGUUAUAUGUCACUUGCUGAUCUGUCCGCAUCUUUUCUUUGCUUUGAAUAUAAACUUAAUUCUUCUCGUAAGAGAAACGAUUGAGGAGUAAUAAUUAGCACUAGUACCCUAUAUAUGUAGGCUUCUUCCUCUGUUUACUAGUUUCUUUCUCCAUAUAAACUUAAAGAGUUAAAAAUGGGAAGGCAGCCUUGUUGUGAUAGAGUGGGAUUGAAGAGAGGUCCAUGGACUAUAGAAGAAGACCAUAAGCUUGUCCAUUUUAUACUCAACAAUGGCAUUCAGUGUUGGCGAACCGUUCCCAAGCUUGCAGGCUUGCAAAGAUGCGGAAAAAGUUGCAGAUUGAGAUGGAUUAAUUAUCUGAGACCUGAUUUGAAAAGAGGAGCGCUAUCUGAAGCUGAAGAGGAUCAGAUUAUACAACUUCAUGCUCGUCUUGGUAACAGGUGGUCUAAGAUAGCAUCGUAUUUUCCUGGGAGGACAGAUAACGAGAUCAAGAACCAUUGGAACACCCGAAUUAAGAAGAGAUUACAGCUUAUGGGAAUAGACCCUUUAACUCACCAGUCAAUUGACAAGGAAAAAUACCAAAAACAACCAGAUGAUACAGAGAAGUUAUCAAGAACAGACACAUAUGAUAAAAGAAAUGAAACAGAAAACUUCAUCGAAAAUGCUACUGAUAUUUCACUGCCAAACAAUACGUACCACAAUAUGUUGUGUGAAAAUCUUAAUGUGGACUUAUGGAACAAAAGCAGCAAAACUAUGUCCAAUAGUUACAGCCCUUCAAUUUCUUUGGAAGAAUCUGUCAACUUGUCAACAACAUCAGCUGCUACUGAAUCAUCAAGUAAUAUUGUAGCUGCACCAGCAGAAGAACAAGAUUCUCUACAGCAAUGGAUGGAUUCAAUUUUCUCAUGUGCUGUCAAUCAACUAGAAGAAGACCUCUUCUUUUUGAGAAAAUACAAUUGAUAAUUGCGCAACUUUUCUUUGUCCUUCCCUGUUCUUCAUUUUCUUAUUAGUAUAAUUGUUCCCCUAAAAUGAAAAAGGAAAAGGAAUUACAGGGAGGCAAGUUUCCUCUUCGUUGCUUGGGCUAUAAUUUAUAUUUCUUUUAGCUUAGUGAAAUUUUAAUCGUAAUGUCUAUAAAUUUAUUGUGAUGCUUGCUCUAACCCAUUGUACGAUAUGAGGUGCAAAUGUUUAACUAGCCUC